AAAAAAUAGAGAUAACUAAGUAUUCAAUAUGAAGAGUUGUUUUUUGCUGGUUUUGUCUGUGAUUUUGGUGAUUGCUCAGGGUGAAAAACUGACUUUGGAUGAAGCCAAAGCUCGCAUGUUUAACCAUGUUCAAGAUUGUGCUGGAGAAGUCACUGCUACAAAAGAUGAUAUUGAGCAAUUGUUGAAGUUAUCUGUUCCAGAGACCUCAACAGGAAAAUGCUUAGUUGCAUGCGUUUAUAAAAAAGUUGGAUGGAUUCAAGACGGGAAAUACAAUUCCGAAGCCAAAAUGAACUCCUUCAAAAAAGUGCACGAGGAUGAACCAGAAAAGUUGGAAAAAUUUGCCAAAAUAUCUAAAGAUUGCGAAUCAGAGGCCAAUGGAGCUGAUGAAUGUGAAAUGGCUGCAAAUGCAAUGAUUUGCGGAACCAGAAUGGCAAAAGAGCAGAAAUUAUUGGAAGAAAUUCCAAUUUAA